GGUGACCUCAGAAGACCUGGGGGAAGGAUGGGAGGAUGCUUGGACCCAGGCCUUGGUAGGGGGUGGUGGGGCCAACCUCUCACUCCUGGGGUGGAAGGGGCACUGCUAUAGCCAAGCCGCCUAGGCUGGAGCCAUUCCAGAUACUGCAGAUGCCCUUUGAGGUAGGUGGGGACUGCAGUAGUGUCAGCAACCCCCACUCCCCCCAUUAAAUUAGUCCCAACGUUUAUGCAUGCAUACAUUUACUUAACCAAAACGCUGAGUACUAGGCCCCUAAUUCUGCCAUGCCUUGUUCUGUGAACAAAAGCUGGAUCUAGUCCAUAGCUACCAUGCUAACUAAGAUGGGAAAACGGGACCAAUGAGGAAGGCUGCAUGAAGGAAGUUUCAUUUCUGAAGGGAACGGGAGGUUUCCUAGGUAGAGGACUUGGGGCCUUGGGCUGGCAGUGAGGUGAGGCUGGGCUCAGUUGGGAGGGAAGAAAUGGAGAGUGGCUUUGAAUUCCAGGGUGUGUUUCUUGUGUGGGGUUAUUGAGGCACCCAGGCUUGCACUUGGUUGAGGAGAGGUAUAGAAAGUGGGGCUGAGCAUGUGGGGGAGGAGAUAUGGUGGACCCCAGAGGAAGAGGAAGGCAGGCCCUAGUGUUGUCUGCAAACCCAUAGCUCCCCAACUCUAUGGCACCUGACCAGCACAUGAUGGUCAGGGUUUGGUCAGGACCAAGGACAGCUCCCGGCCUGCUGUUGCUCUCCUCCCUUAGCAGGGUUCCUUCCCUUUCUAUCUCAGCCAUAGUUCCACCCUGGCUGCCUCUCAGGCACCCCAGCCAUCUCCUCAGUAAGAUCGCAAGAGCAGGACUGGGUUCUCCUGACUCCCAGCCCUGAGCCAUGAGUCUCCUUUGGAAGUGUUAGGAGAACUGGUUACUCCCACGAUUUUCUCACUUUUUCUCCUGUUCUUUUCCCAACCUCUGCGCAAAUUCUGUGUCCUCCAUUCUUCAUCCUCAUUCAAUCUCUUCCCACACCAGCCAGCAUCAGCCCUCCUUUCAUGUCAUCCCCUGAGGUCACUCUGUCCCCUUUCCCUUACCCCUCCUCCAUCCCAUUCUCGCCUUACUCUUGAUUUUCCACUUCUGGAGUAUGUGGAGAUGUUUCACAUACUUCCUGUCUUUUCUCCUAUGACAUAGCACCCAGGUGUCUUCCUCCCUGCUGCCAUGAUCAAAUGUAGCAUAUAUAACCUGGGAGAAUGAGGGGUCUAAAGAACAGCUUCUGAAAUCAGACCUGGGUACUGAUGGUGCCACUGAUUUGCUGUAUCUUAUUAGGCAGUUAGCCUCUUUGAGCCUCCGUUUCCUCAUCUGCAAAAUGCAACAGCUCUUACUCCAAAGACUAAACUCUGUAGUACCUGGUGAACGAUACGUGCUCAGUGUUUGCUUGAUUGAGACUGCUGUGAGGAUAGUAGUGGAUUCUUCCAGUACAUGUGCUAUGCAAAGGACUACUUUAUGAAGUUUUAUAUAUAAAUUAAUUUGCCCCAGCAAUCCUAUUAGAAGUACUAUUGUUACAAGCCCCAUUCUGCAGAUGAGGAAACAGCCAUGAAGACGUUGAGUAACUAAGAGCCUCAGUAAUUAGUAAGGGGCAGAGCGCAAUGUUGAAACCUAGGCAGUUUGGUACCCAAUUUAAAAAUUAUGCAAUGCCUAAUUCUCUAUCACCACGCAGCUGACAGAGUGCAGAGGAAGUGCGUAACAGUGUAGGCGGAUAGGAACUGCUCAAACUGGAGUAGUUAUUUUCAGGGAGUCGGUGUCUCUGAGGGCGCUUGGCAGCUGAACCGGAAGACCAGCGCCCGGAGAGGCGGGCCAGGAGAACUACAACAUCCACAAGACUCCGCGCCUUCCUCUGAGGCACUUCCGAUUGGCUUCGGGCUGAGAGGCCGACUAUUGGUUCUCUGUGGGCGGCUUGGCGAGGGCUGGAGGGCGGGAGCCGUGCUGAUUUUUAGAUGGGUAAAGUUGCCAUCAGCCCCGCCUCAAACACCCGGAAGUAAUCUCCCUGGGAGGCCCACGUAUAGCGGAGAAACGGGAGUUUGGAUGGGUUGGGCCCUGUCCCAACGGCUGCGGGCUAACUGACUUCCCCCCACCCCCACCACCUCCACCACCAAGCUACUCCGACACUUUGAGGGCCGUUUUUGAGAAGGCGGGGCCUGAAGCUGAUUGAAGGAGGUCCCCGCUGCCUCCCGCUAUGGAGUCUACAUUCAGCAGCCCCGCGGAGGCGGCGUUGCAGCGAGAGGCGGGCGCUGCCGGGCUGCGCACUCCUCUUGGGGACCUGGACCGAGUGUAUGAGCUGGAGCGAGUCGUUGGAUUUGUCCGCGACCUGUGGUGUCAACGGGUGGCCUUGCAGUUCCCUGAUCAGCUAUUGGGAGAUGCUGGGGCCGUGGCUGCACGACUGGAGGAGGCCACAGGGUCGAAGGUGUUCAUUCUGGGAGACACAGCCUAUGGCAGCUGCUGUGUGGAUGUACUGGGUGCUGAGCAAGCUGGAGCUCAGGCCCUUGUACAUUUUGGCCCUGCCUGCUUAAGCCCUCCUGCCCGCCCACUGCCCACUGCCUUCGUCCUUGGUCAGCGAUCUGUGGCCUUGGAGCUCUGCGCUAAGGCCUUCGAGGCCCAGAACCCAGACCCCACAGCGCCUGUGGUGCUGCUGAGUGAGCCGGCCUGUGCCCACGCCCUGGAGGCCUUGGCCACCCUUCUGCGUCCACGGUACCUGGACCUGCUUGUCUCCAGCCCAGCUCUUCCCCUGCCAAUGGGCUCCCUCAAUCCAGAUCCUGAGCCCCUGGAGCGUUUUGGGCGCCGCUUCCCCCUGGCUCCAGGGAGGUGUUUGGAAGAGUAUGGUGCCUUCUAUGUGGGGGGCUCUGAGGCCAUCUCUGACCCUGACCUUGACCCAGACCUGAGCCGGCUGCUCUUGGGCUGGGCGCCAGGGCGGCCCUUCUCCUCCUGCUGCCCAGACACAGGGCGGACUCAGGAUGAAGGUGCCCGGGCUUGGCGGCUAAGAGCACGUAGACGCUAUCUGGUAGAGAGAGCCAGAGAUGCCCGUGUGGUGGGGCUGCUGGCGGGCACGUUGGGUGUGGCCCGACACCGUGAGGCACUGGCACACUUGCAGAACCUGAUACAGGCUGCUGGCAAGCGUAGCUAUGUGUUGGCCCUGGGGCGACCCACGCCUGCCAAGCUUGCCAACUUCCCUGAGGUGGAUGUCUUUGUGCUGGUGGCCUGUCCUCUGGGUGCCCUAGCCACCCAGCCUUCUGGCAGCUUCUUCCGGCCCGUAUUGGCACCGUGUGAGCUGGAGGCUGCCUGCAACCCUGCAUGGCCACCUCCAGGCCUGGCUCCCCACCUCACACAUUAUGCGGACUUAUUGCCUGGCUCUCCCUUCCACGUGCCCCUCCCUCCACCUGACUCGGAGCUGUGGGAUACCCCAGAUGUGUCACUCAUUACUGGGGACCUCCGACCCCCACCUGCCUGGAAGCCAUCAACUGAUCCUGGAUGCUCAGCCCUAACCCCGAGGCCCCAGCUGGAGCUGGCUGAGAGCAGCCCUGCAGGUGAGUGUGGCAAGUCUCCACUCCCAUCUGAAUUCUUCCCCCAUGUUCAGGCCACUCAGCCUCAACCCGCUCCCUCUGCAGCCUCAUUCCUUAGUUCCCGGAGCUGGCAGGGACUGCAACCCUGCCUGGGUCAGACGCCGGUGACGGCAGCUGUGAGCGGAAGACGAGGGAUUGCCAUCGCCUACGAGGAUGAGGGAAGCAGCUGAUACCAUGUGGGGCCAGAGCCACAGGUGGACUUAAGACCUUUAGUGCUCCCUGCACCAACCCCACUCUUCUGCCAGGAUCCUUGAAGGAGCCUCUCACUGAGGCAGCCCCUCACUGGGGAUAGGAUUCAGCUCUUCCUGUCCUGUCCUGGCGCUGGCACAAGGCUUAGCACAUAUUGGCUUAGUAAAUAUCUGUUGUUUGACUGAUGGGGCAACAGCUUUGGGUCUUCCCUGAAGCCUUCUGGGCCAUCUGUUCUCCUGGGAACAGCACAAGACAUUUGAGGGUCUGCCUUUGUUAAAGGCAGGUGCUAAAUGGUUUAGCCCAUGGUUUCUCAAUCUUGGCACUAUUGACAGUUUGGGCUAGAUAAUUAUUUGCUGUGAGGAGCUGUCCUGGGCAUUGUAGGAUGUUUAGCAUCAUCUCUGGUUUCUGCCCAGUAGGUUCCGGUAGCAUGCCCCUCCCCAGUUGUGAUGACCAGAAAUGUCUCCAGAUGUUGGCAAAUGUCCCCUAUGGGGGCAAAAGCUUCCCCAGCUGAGAACCACUGGUCUGCACCUAUGCUGUCCAAUACAGUAGCCACAUGUGGCUGUUCAAACAUAAAUUUGAAUUAAGUAAGAUUAAAAACUCAGUUUCUCAAUCACACUAAUCACAUUUCGGUGCUCAGAUAGCCACACGAGAGGACAGUGCAGCUGUAAGACAUUUCUAUCGUUGCAAAGAGUUCUGUCGGGCAGUGCUGGUCUACACUGACUCCAAUUUGUUUCUCAGGGAGAUCACAGAAAUUUGAAUA